AAUAUUCCCUAACCUGUGUUCCGGUUCUAAAGUGUUCAUAAAGCAGUAACACGUUUAAAUUUCAUCGUGUUUUACUCGAAGUAAAAAAAAUGAACCGAAAGGAUGAUUAUGAUUCAUAUGAGAUUGAAGAGCCGAGUGAUGAGGAAGGAGCCGCAAGCAGUUCUGAGGAUGAGCUGGAUAUUCUUCUCAACGGGACCCCGGAUCAGAAGAAGAAGCUGAUCAGAGAGUAUCUGACUGGGGAGAGCGAGUCCUCCAGUGGAGAUGAGUUUGAGAAGGAGAUGGAGGCAGAGCUCAGCAGCACCAUGAAGAGCCUGGAGUGCAGCUGGACCGCAUCUUCAGCUCAAGGCCAAACGUCAGGGACCAGUGACAGCACUUCCACAGCAAACAAACAGACUCAGGAGUAUGACAGCAUUUACUUUGACUCCGACUCGGAUGAAGAUGGCACAGCUGGCAGCUCUCAGGGUCUAAGGAGGAAGCAGCGCUGCGUUCUCACAAAUGACGAGCUGUUAUAUGACCCAGACGAGGAUGAUCGAGACCAAGCUUGGGUGGAUGCAAAAAGAAAAGAAUACAGAAAUCAGAAGCGGCUGCCACCAUCAGCAAACAGAAGAAACAAAUCCCACGCUCUUCCAAGCAGUGACGCCGUCCUCAACUGUCCAGCCUGUAUGACCACCCUGUGCCUGGACUGUCAGAGGCAUGAGAAAUAUCGGACGCAGUACAGAGCAAUGUUCGUGAUGAAUUGCACAGUCAACAAAGAGGAAGUGCUGCGCUAUAAAACUGCCAAUAAGAGAAAGCAGAACCGGCAAAGGAAGAAGGCCCGUCAGGAGUCUACGUCCACGUCCGCAUCAACAGAGGCCGAAAUGGAGUCGAGCGCAGGUCUGACUGAUGCACGCUUGGCAGGAAUGGACGAAGAAGAGAUCUAUCACCCAGUCAAGUGCACAGAAUGCUCGACUGAAGUGGCUGUAUAUGAUAAAGAUGAGGUGUAUCAUUUCUUCAACAUUCUAGCAAGUUACUGCUAAGGACAUUUACUGGACUUCUAAAUCCAAACCACACAUUUUGGUUGGUUUGAUGAUGAGUAUCAUUACUGUAAAGUACGUAUAGAGAGAAAUCUACAAAUUUCUGGGGGAAAGGAAUGUUGCUAGACGUGAUUUUAUUUAUAGGGUUUUUAUUUGAUUUAUAUUCUGUUAAAAUGUAAACACGUGAUUCACUUCAUGUACAUUACAUUUCAUAUUUGCAUAAAAGUUGUUACUUUGCUUCUCAUAUGCUCUUUCCUUUUAUUAAAUUGUAUUUUAUACACCGUAGAGGGCACGGAAAUGAUUCAAAUUAAACAAAAGUCACAUAUAUGAACAUGUUUUAAGCUUAAAGGAGAAGUCCACUUCCAAAACAAAGAUUCACAUGUAAUAUACUCACCCCAUUGUCAUCCAAGAUGUUCAUGUCUGUCUUUCUUCAGUUGUAAAGACAUUAUGUCUUUUGAGGAAAACAUUUCAGCAUUGCUGCCCCGAUUUUGAACUUCCAAAAUGCAGUUUAAAUGCGGCUUCCAACAAUCCCAAAUGCGGUUGUAAACGAUCCCAGCUGAGAAAGAAGGAUCUUAUCUUGCGUAACAAUUGGUUAUUUUAAUAA